UUCUGUUUGAAGUGUUUGACAUCACUGAUGUAAAGAUGAUGGUUUUACUGAAACAUCGGCGCUACAUGACCGCACUCCUGAGCUCCACUACCAUCUUGUUACUUCUGUACUUUCAAAACUAUCUGUUGGUUUUGACCUACGGUUCUUCCGGUUUCAUCUCCAAGAAAGUGCUGUGUGCAUGCAGUAUCUGUGUGACAGACCGAGAAAAUAGUAUCUGGUUCAGUGAGCGAUACGAUCCCAACAUUCCACUUCUGCUCAACAGCACCAACAGUGUAUUACGUGCAAACGUCUCCAGGUGGUGGAAGGAACUACAAUCAAAUGCCGGCAGCUACACGAAGGUGGUGGAUCAGUUGUUUCCUCUCUUCCCUGAUAAAGAGCACUACUCAGACGCCGGUCCAGAUCGCUGCAGAGCCUGUGCUGUGGUGGGAAACUCUGGGAACCUGCUGGGAUCCAAUUAUGGUCCUCUCAUAGAUUUCCAUGACUUUGUCAUGAGGAUAAAUAAAGGUCAGACAGAGGGUUAUGAGAAGGAUGUAGGGUCAAAGACGACUCACCGGAUUGUGUAUCCUGAGAGCGCUGUGGACUUGGACAACUCCACCCAUCUGGUGCUUUUUCCCUUUAAGAUUCUGGACAUUCAGUGGCUCAUCAGUGCCUUCACCACUAGACACAUCACACGAACAUACACAAUAGUGCCAUCUACAAUCAAAGCAAAUAAGGACAAGGUGGUGAUCCUCCACCCAGAAUUCAUAAGAUACGUCUAUUAUAACUGGGCAGAAAGGCAUGGCAGAUAUCCAUCCACUGGUUUCUUAUCACUGAUAUUUGCUCUUCACAUCUGUGAUGAGGUGAAUGUGUUUGGGUUUGGAGCUACGAGUGAUGGAAUCUGGCAUCAUUAUUUUGAUAAAACAUUGACUUCAUAUGAGAUCAGCGUUCAUGCUGGAAGAUUUGAAAAUGAAACAAUCAAUCGGCUCCAACAGGAAAACAAGAUUCUGAUGCACAAAGGUUGGACAUGAAGCAGAAACACAC